GCCAUCAUUUGACCAAUUGAAUACACUGCAUUAUAAUUAACUUUUUUGGUCCUCAUAGAAGGUUCUAUUUUUGGCUAAACUAAUAAAAUUUUGGCCCCUCAAGAUAUUCCAUUCAAAUCAUUCUCAACCAUUCUUUAUUAUGCCCAAAAUAAUAAUAAUAAUAAUUCCUUUAUAAAUUAGCCACCUUGUAGUACCCUAUUUUGCAUGUAAAAACAAAACAAACAUGGACGAAGUGAAAUAUCGAGGUGUUCGAAAGAGGCCAUGGGGAAAAUAUGCAGCAGAAAUUCGCGAUACUAAUAGACAAGGAGGGGUUCGUGUUUGGCUAGGGACAUUUAGCUCUGCUGAAGAAGCUGCUCGAGCUUAUGACAAGGCAGCUUAUAACAUGAGGGGACAUUUGGCCAUACUUAAUUUUCCAGAGGAGUAUAACUUGCCUCGAAGCUCUUCUCAUUUUUACAACAAUUCUUCAUCAAUGCCAUCGUCGUCGUCUUCAAGUAACGUUCAUGCAAGAAACGAUCAACAAGGAAACCGACAAGUUCUUGAACUUGAGUAUCUUGACGAUCAUGUUCUUGAAGAACUUCUUGAUUGUGAUCAACACGCAAAUAACAGAAAAUGAAAGAUCAUUUUUAUAUCAUUAUAUAGCUAAGUAUAUCGCGUAAUAUAUACUAAUAAAGGGUUUUUUUUUUUAUUUCAAUAAAUACUGCCUUUUUUGCAUGAAGAGGGAGACGUAAAAUCUUACCUCUUCAUAGCCUAUAUAUAUAGUAAAGUUGGAUGGGCCAACUUUUUAACAAUGGUGGUGCAUUUUAUGAAUAUAUAUGCAAUGUGUGUGCUAAUUACCUAUUAAAUUUUGGCCAAUAUUAAUUAGCUAUUGAGUGUAUGUUCGUUCAUACCAAUUAAUUAUAUGACUAUGGGAAAACAAUAAUAAAGUUGAUUUAAUACAUGUUUCUUGGCACAAUUAAUU